GGUGACGCUGCUCUUAGUCUCGUGCAGACUCAGGGUACAAGCAGCAGUAUCCAAAGAUAACAAAAACAGCAACCAAAAUGUGCGACGACGAAGCUUGUGCCCUUGUGGUAGACAAUGGCUCCGGAAUGGUCAAGGCUGGCUUUGCUGGAGACGACGCUCCCCGAGCUGUCUUCCCCUCCAUCGUCGGCCGACCUCGUCACCAGGGUGUGAUGGUGGGCAUGGGUCAGAAGGACGCCUACGUCGGCGACGAGGCCCAGAGCAAGCGAGGUAUCCUGACUCUCAAGUACCCCAUCGAGCACGGCAUCAUCACCAACUGGGACGACAUGGAGAAGAUCUGGCAUCACUCCUUCUACAAUGAGCUUCGCGUUGCUCCUGAGGAAUCCCCGGUUCUUCUCACUGAGGCUCCCCUCAACCCAAAGGCCAACCGUGAGAAGAUGACUCAGAUCAUGUUUGAAACAUUCAACACCCCUGCCAUGUACGUGGCCAUCCAGGCUGUCCUGUCCCUGUACGCCUCUGGCCGUACUACUGGUAUCGUGCUGGACUCUGGCGACGGUGUAUCUCAUACCGUUCCAAUCUAUGAAGGUUACGCUCUUCCUCACGCCAUUCUGCGUCUUGACUUGGCUGGCCGUGACCUGACAGCCUAUCUCAUGAAGAUCAUGACCGAGCGUGGCUACUCCUUCACCACCACCGCUGAGCGAGAAAUCGUUCGUGACAUCAAGGAGAAGCUUUGCUAUGUCGCUCUUGACUUCGAGAGUGAGAUGAACGUGGCUGCUGCCUCCUCCUCCUUAGAGAAGUCUUACGAGCUUCCCGACGGCCAAGUUAUUACCAUCGGCAAUGAGCGUUUCCGUGCUCCAGAAUCCCUCUUCCAGCCUUCUUUCCUGGGUAUGGAAUCUGUCGGCAUCCACGAAACCGUCUACAACUCCAUCAUGAGGUGCGACAUUGAUAUCAGAAAAGAUUUGUUUGCUAACAAUGUUAUGUCUGGCGGCACCACCAUGUACCCAGGUAUUGCUGACCGCAUGCAGAAGGAAAUCACUAAUUUGGCUCCCUCUACUAUCAAAAUUAAAAUCAUUGCUCCACCUGAACGAAAGUACUCCGUCUGGAUCGGCGGCUCCAUCCUGGCCUCGCUCUCAACUUUCCAAGCCAUGUGGAUCACUAAAGAAGAGUAUGACGAAUCUGGUCCUGGCAUUGUCCACCGCAAGUGUUUCUAAAAAUGUUACACAAUACAUAGUACCUAUAUAUUUUUUAUGAAAUUUCUAUAUUUGCAAAACAAACCAAUUUUCCUAUGUAACGUUAAGAGUAUUUUUACAUAUACACGAUAAGUAUUUCACUUGCCAAGGUAUUACGAUUUGCAUAUAAUACACAAAAAUCAUAGUCAUGAUUCCUAAUUAACUAAGUAUAGUGUUCCAAUUAUCUUUCAGAAUAUCUACAUCGUCAAGAAUUUUUACUAAUGUAUUCCUCUACUUUUUUUAUAAUGUUUAUUGAAUAAAAUUGUUUCGCCU